AUGUCGAACCGUCAAAUGGCUCGCGACAUGAACGUCGAGUUCCAGGCCCGCUUCCAAGCGAAGCAAGCCCGUCGCGAAGCCCAAAAGGCGGCCAAACAGGACCCAGUUCUCAAGAAACAGAUUCAAGAACUCCUCAAAAAGGGCGAGACGCAGAAGGCCUACCAGAAGGCCAAGAUGUUGCUCAGCAAGCAGGCGCUUGCUAGCCAGAUGGACCAGAUCGCCGACAUGGCAGAGCUGAACGCCAGCCAGAUCCAAGCGAACAACGCCAUGAACAAGAUGACGCACAUGAUGGGUCAGAGUUCGAAGGUGAUGAAUGUGGCGCAGAAGAAUGCCAACCCGGAAAAGACUCUCCUCACUCUUGAGCAGUUCAAGAACCAGAACGAGGAGUACGCCAUGAGCAACAACAUCUACUCGGACGCCAUGACGCAGUCCACCUCGGCUCAGGUUCCCGAAGAUGCUGUACAGGAGCUCCUGGGCAAGCUGGCCGACGACGCGGGCUUGGAGCUAAGUAAGGAGCUGAACCAGGCGACUCCCGCGAAUGCAGAGCCAGCCGGCGCGGAACCGACUGCCGAGGAGGAGGAUAAGCUGCAGCAGAGAUUGCGCGCUCUGAGGGCAUAG